AUGCUACAAGCAGUUGCAUCAAAGAUUAAAUCGAAGAUUUUUGAUUCUGAGCCUAAACGCAUUGAAAUCAAUCCAGAUGACUAUAAUAUAGUCAAGGAGGGUAAAGCUGAGAUAUUGUUUCCUAAGAAGGAAACAGUUUUUUACAAUCCUGUACAACAAUUUAAUAGAGACUUAAGUGUGACUUGUAUUAAAGCUUGGGAUAAUUUAUAUGGUCCUAAAUCUUCUGGGAAUGGCAAGAAAUCGAAGAAAGCACAGAACAAACGCUCAAUUGAAGAGGAUGAAGAUAUAGCAAAGAUUAGAAGAUUGGCCGAUGGUUCCAAACAAGAGAUAUCAACAUCCAAGCAUGCUCCAUAUCUUAAAAUAUUAGAGGCAUUGUCUGCCACAGGUUUACGUGCCAUUAGAUAUGCUCAUGAAAUUCCAAACGUUAAAGAAAUUGUUGCCAACGAUUUAUUACCAGAGGCUGUUGAUUCAAUUAGAAGAAACGCCGAAUAUAAUAAAGUUGAAAAUAUAGUGAAACCAAACAUCGAUGAUGCAAACGUUUUGAUGUAUCGUAACAAGUCAACGAAUACUCGUUACCACGUUAUUGAUUUGGAUCCAUAUGGUACUGUUACUCCGUUUGUAGAUGCAGCUCUUCAAACUAUCGAGGAUGAUGGGUUAAUGUUAGUUACAUGUACCGAUUUGUCUGUUUUGGCAGGUAACGGUUAUCCAGAAAAAUGUUUUGCAUUAUAUGGUGGUGUCAAUAUGGUUUCUCACGAAGCUACUCAUGAAAGUGCCUUGAGAUUAGUCUUGAAUUUAUUGAGUCAAUCUGCUGCUAAAUAUAAGAAAACAAUCGAGCCAUUGUUAUCUUUAAGUAUCGAUUUCUACGUCCGGGUUUUCAUUAAAGUUAAGACAAGCCCAAUAAACGUUAAAAAUUUACAAUCAAAUACUAUGAUAACAUAUCAUUGCUCUCAGUGUGGUUCAUACCAUAACCAACAUUUAGGUCGUAUUCAAGAACGCUCUGGUAAAAAUGGUAAACCAUUUAAAAAGUAUCUAGUAGCUCAAGGUCCUCCCGUAGAUAGCAAAUGUAAGUUUUGUAAAGGAACUUACCACUUAGCUGGUCCAAUGUAUGCUGGUGCAUUACAUAACAAAGAAUUCUUAGAUGAAGUUUUACGAAUUAAUAAAGUCGAACACGCCAAUAUGGGUGAUGUAUAUGGAACUCGUAAGAGAAUUGAAGGUAUGGUGACUUUAGCUUCAAAGGAAUUAGCUGAUGCCCCAUUCUAUUUUAGUCCGAACAAUAUUUCAUCUAUUUUGAAAUUGCAAGUACCACCAUUAAAAAAAGUUGUAGCAGGCUUAGGCUCUCUUGGUUAUAAUUGUUCAUUAUCUCAUGCACAACCAUCCUCAUUGAAGACCGAUGCUCCUUGGGAGGCCAUUUGGUAUGUUAUGAAAGAAUGUGACGAUAAAGAAGUCAACUUGGAAAAAAUGAACCCUAAUACUGCAGGUUAUAAAAUAUUAAGUACAUUUGAUCAAUGGAUGCCAGAGGAAGAAGAUGGAAGGGAACCAAUGUUCAAAAAGUCCGACUUAUCAUUUAAAGAAAAUGAACAAAGUGGUGCAGUUGAAAAACUAAGAAAGUUAAAAAUAGUCAGAUACCAAGAAAAUCCAACUAAAAACUGGGGUCCAAAAGCUCGUCCAAAUUCAUCAUAG